AUGGUCAAUCUUACUCACGUUAAUCUGUUGACGUUGGCGACGAGUAUUCCGUAUGCGCAGGAGUUGUAUGGGAUUGCGAAUGCGUCGACGGAUCAUAUUUCGUUCUUGUCGUAUAGACCCAAUGUUUCCCAGCAGUUGGUCAGGAGUGAGAACUACCAGGCUUUCCAUGAGAGCGGAGUNUUAACUGGCAAGCUGUAUGCCACCAGUAAUUGGAACGGCAGUUUCUCGAACCCUAUCAAUGUCACUGCCAUCGACAUCAAUAACAACAACACCAUCCAAUCUCUGCACUACGAGUACCUCGCCGAAGCCAAUGGAGCCACCGCAUGGUACCCAGUAGGCAGCCCAGCCAACAGCAGCGAAGGCCAACAAAUCGUCUUUUGCGACGAAGGCGACUUUACCAACCCCGCCGGCCUCGUCCUCGUAGACCCGGCAACUAACAUCAGCCGCCCUCUAAUCAACAACUUCCUGGGUAGAAACUUUACUUCCAUCAACGAUGUCCGUCAACACCCUGUUACAGGCGACUUAUGGUUCACCGAUGUCCCUUACGGCUACUGGCAAUACUUCCGUCCCGCCCCUGUGAUCAAAAACCAGGCCUAUCGCUUUGAGCCCAACACUGGAGUCGUGCAAGCCGUUUCCGAUAAUGAGAUUGCGCCUAAUGGUAUUGAGUUCUCGCCAGACUUUAAGCAUGUGUAUAUUACAGAUACUGCUGUGCAUACGUUCCCCAACAAGGACAAUUUGACCAUGCCAAGCACGAUUUAUCGGUAUGAUGUUACACCUGAUGGUAAGAGAUUGCAGAACAGACAAAUGUUUGCGUACUCGGACAUUGGGUUGCCGGAUGGAAUUCAUUGCGAUACCAAGGGGAAUGUGUAUGCUGGUACUGGAGAUGGUGUGCAUGUGUAA